AUGGGAAAUUCUCUCUCUCCAUGUCUUCAUGCCAUUUCCACCACCGGCCGCCGCCGCUCCUCCGCCGUCAAUCUCAUCUUCUCCAACGGCGUCACAAAAUCCCUCACCGGAAACCACCACAUCGCCGGCGAGAUCAUGUUCCAAUUCCCGGACAUGAUGAUAUGCCACGCUGAUUCCUUCUUCAUUGGCCACCCGAUUCCCUCCUUAGCUAUCGACGACCAACUCGUUGCGGGCGAAACCUAUUUCGUUAUCCCGAUCGACUUAUUCGCUUCCUUCGACGUUCUCUCAACGUCGUCGCUCGCAUCAAUUGGAGCGGGAAAUGCUAAAUUCUCCGGUCAAAGUCCAUUUGAAUACAUUCGAGGCACGAAUGGAAGAAUUGUCAUUAAGAUCGUACCGGAGUUUCUUGUUCGGCUUAUUUCUCCCGCAGCGGGCGAGAGCGGUGGAGGUAACUUUCUUUGUAGCACGCCGGAGUUGCAGAAGCAUUACGAUCAGCUCGUCGGGUCGACGAAAGGGCAAGUUUGGUCGCCGAAGUUGGAGAGUAUUUCUGAGUAUAAAAUUAGGUAUUCGCCUUGUAAAUUUGUAGGGUUUAAAGUCAAACAAAAAGAAGGGUAA